AGCACCCAGGCAGCGGUAAGAGGCGGUGUUGGCCCCUCCCGGGUCCCGCCUUUCUGCCUGCCUCUCACCCUCUUUAACCAUUGGGCAAUAACUCUGUCCAUCAAGGGCCCGCCUCCGCUAUUGAGCCAACCAGGGCUGGCGGGAGGGCGCUUCCUUCUGGAGCUGGGUCCUGACUAGGGACUGCCUGGGUGAGGUGAGGACCUGGUGGCCGCAGUUGUGGCACUGUGCGCAGGCGCGGGACUGACCCGACCGAGCAGGCGGCUGUGGCCUCGCCAGCUGGUUUAAAAAUAUCCUUGUUUUGCUGAAGGAACACAUUUGCUGAUAUAGUUUCAGAAUGUCAAGUACUGUGUCCUACUGGAUCUUAAAUUCUACAAGGAACAGCAUUGCCACACUGCAAGGGGGCAGACGCUUAUACUCCAGGUAUGUCUCAAAUAGGAAUAAAUUAAAAUGGAGGCUCUUUUCCCGGGUGCCACCCACCCUAAACAGUUCCCCAUGUGGUGGCUUCACUCUGUGCAAAGCCUACAGACACACAUCAACAGAGGAAGAUGAUUUUCACUUGCAACUCAGCCCUGAGCAGAUAAACGAAGUGCUUCGAGCUGGCGAAUCAGCCCACAAGAUUCUUGACCUUGAAAGUAGAGUUCCAAAUUCAGUGUUGCGGUUUGAGAGCAAUCAGCUGGCUGCCAAUUCACCAGUGGAGGACCGGCGAGGUGUAGCCUCCUGCCUGCAAACCAAUGGACUAAUGUUUGGCAUCUUCGAUGGACAUGGCGGUCAUGCAUGUGCCCAAGCAGUGAGUGAGAGGCUCUUCUACUAUGUGGCAGUGUCCCUGAUGUCCCACCAGACCCUGGAGCACAUGGAGGGAGCUAUGGAAAGCAUGAAACCCUUGCUGCCCAUCCUGCAUUGGCUCAAGCACCCAGGGGACAGUAUCUACAAGGAUGUCACAUCCGUGCAUCUUGACCACCUCCGUGUCUAUUGGCAGGAACUGCUUGACUUGCAUACGGAAAUGGGACUAAGCAUUGAAGAAGCAUUAAUGUACUCCUUCCAGAGACUGGAUUCUGACAUCUCGCUGGAAAUCCAGGCCCCUCUGGAAGAUGAGGUGACAAGGAACCUGUCACUCCAGGUUGCUUUCUCUGGGGCAACAGCUUGCAUGGCCCAUGUUGAUGGAAUUCACUUGCACGUGGCAAAUGCUGGUGACUGCCGAGCCAUCCUUGGUGUCCAGGAGGACAAUGGCAUGUGGUCUUGUCUGCCCCUUACCCGUGACCACAAUGCCUGGAACCAGGCCGAGCUGUCCCGGCUAAAGAGGGAGCACCCUGAGUCAGAGGACAGGACAAUCAUCAUGGAGGACAGGCUGCUGGGUGUCCUCAUCCCCUGCAGGGCCUUUGGGGAUGUUCAGCUGAAGUGGAGUAAAGAGUUGCAGCGCAGCGUUCUGGAGAGGGGCUUCAAUACUGAGGCCCUCAACAUUUACCAGUUCACACCCCCACACUACUACACUCCACCCUACCUGACUGCUGAGCCUGAGGUCACAUACCACAGGCUGAGGCCCCAGGAUAAGUUCCUUGUGCUGGCCUCAGAUGGCCUGUGGGACAUGCUGAGCAAUGAGGACGUGGUAAGGCUGGUAGUGGGGCACCUGACUGAGGCAGAUCAGCACAAGACAGACCUGGCCCAGAGACCCACCAACUUGGGGCUCAUGCAGAGCCUGCUGCUGCAGAGGAAAGCCAGCGGGCUCCACGAGGCUGACCAAAAUGCAGCCACGCGGCUGAUCAGACAUGCAAUCGGGAACAAUGAGUAUGGGGAGAUGGAGGCAGAGCGGCUGGCGGCGAUGCUGACAUUGCCAGAGGACUUGGCGAGGAUGUACAGGGAUGAUAUCACUGUCACUGUGGUAUAUUUUAACUCAGAAUCAAUCGGUGCAUAUUACAAGGGGGGUUAAGAAUCUCCCAUCCUAUUGUCAAGGUUAACAUAAAUGCUCUUCUAAAACGUUUCACUUACUCUUAAACUAGCUAUCCAAACCUUACUAUUAAAAGCGCAGGCAGGUUUAAUUUGCUAAAUAGACUAACAGGAGGAAGAAACAAAGAAACAAACAGCCUAGCUUUAAAAAACAGUUAAAUAGCAGUGAUUUCAUGUCCGUGUAUGUCUGAUCAAGUCUUAUAUGCAGAGAGGACAGAGCAUAAAGUCUAUAGAAUUGGUUUGGGCUCAUGUAACCCAAGUCGUUUGAUAAAGAUGUGAAACUGUCAGCCUUGAGCCUUCAAAGGGUAAAUUUAAUCAUGAUUCUGAGAAUAAAGAACUUCAGGAUCUUGUGAGGUCUUGCCACAAAAAUCUGCAAAUUCAAUAAUUCUCCUGAAUUCACAAUCAUGGACUUCUAGAUUAUGAAGAGAUAUUUUAUUUGUUUGUCUUUUAUUUAAAUUACUAAGGCCUAGGUUUACAAAGCAUACUACAGGACACUUUUCUAUGCAAUAUCCUAACUUUUUUGUGUGUGAUUAUGGUUAUGAGAAAUUUUGUAAUACUACAUUCUAGCUCUGUUUUCGUUUAUUUUAAAACUGAAUCCUUAAGCUUGCAAACACGCCUACUGUAAGCAUGCUUGGAAUGACUUGUUUUGAUUUUCAGCUGAUAGGAUCUAUGCCUCUGGACCAGCUGAAUUUACUGUUGCAGCUUUUGGUUCCCUCUACUGAGUCCCAUUCCAGAAACUUUGAGCCAUGCUAGUAGGUAACUAGUCUAUGCCUUAACUCCUGACCUUUCCUGCAUUAGUAAAAUUUCCUCCUGGGCUGAGCCUUUGGGGGUUGAUUCACAGCAUUUAAAGCUUUCUGAUUAUACCUCUCAAAUAUUCUUCUGUCAAUUCCACACAAUCCUUCUACCUCUGCUAUGCUGAAUCCCUCAUUUACCCUGCACCUGCCAACUACAAAAUACUGUCUGAAAGAAUUUUUCACAUGUUCCUGCUGCCUAUGGCUGCAGGAAAGGAGAAAAUGCGAUUGCAUAUGGUAGUUGUGGUGAUAGAUGUUUAGACAGGACAGGUUUAUUUAGCAGAUGGUGGACUUAAGAUUCAGUCUCUAUCUGGAGAGGUGAAAACACAAAAGGCUUAAGGACAACAGUUUCUAACCAAGGUUCUCUGAAUCCUUUCCUGAGAGGUGGUGGGGAGGAGGGAGAAGUGAGACUUAUCAGAUGGGACACUUGCCCCAAGACUGUGGGAUAAACCACCAUUGCUAGUCCUCAACUUUAGACCAUAUUUAGUAUAGGAGUUGGGGCAAAAAUAAAAAAUAAUUUGUAAUGGUUUCUGUGGGCUGUAGACUCUUUGUAUUUACUUGGAAAUUCGUCAUGUGGAUACGUUUUUGGAGAUGAAUUUCAUCUCAUGAGUUGCUAUGGGAUUUAAACAACAGGAAAUAUGUCCCUAAAUGGGAACAAAUAUAAUCCCACAAAACCAACAAUUUUAUUUGCUUCUACUACAUCAGGCAGAAUUCUUCAAUUAAGUUGAACUACAUUUGUUGAUCCCUUUUCUCAACUUACCCCUUUAUGCCACCCACUGAAAAGAAAAGCAAAUAGCUAGGUCUGGCUUCCUGUUUUUUGUCUACGUCCCAGCUGACAUUCGGUCAAAUGCUGGGAUACUUCUAAUUUGGUGGUGUUUCUCCGUACAUUUUUCAGUGCAACUGUUUAGUCAUGUGUUUUCAUCUAAGAAAUUCUCUUUUGAAUAUUUAAGCCUUGAUCCUUUUAUUCUGAAACCAUUAAUAUUCCUUCUUGGCCGGGUGCGGUGGGUCACGCCUGUAAUACCAGCACUUUGGGAGGCUGAGGCGGAUGGAUGACCUGAGGUCAGGAAUUCCAUACCAGCCUGACCAACAUGGAGAAACCCCAUCUCUAUUAAAAAUACAAAAUUAGCCAGGUGUGGUGGUGCAUGCCUGUAAUCCCAGCUACUCGGGAGGCUGAGGCAGGAAAAUCACUUGAACCUGGGAGGUAGAGGUUGUGGUGAGCUGAGAUCACACCAUUGCACUCCAGCCUGGGCAACAAGAGCGAAACUCUGUCUCAAAAAAAAAAAAAAAAUCCAUCUUAUCUCUUAGUCCUUCCUUCCUCUCUCUCUCUCUCUCUCUCCCCUCUCUCUCUCUCUCUCUCUGUAUUUCUUUCCUUCCUUCCUUCCUUCCUUCUUGACAGGGUCUCCCUGUCACCAGACUGGAGUGCAAUGUCAUGAUCUUGGCUCACUGCAACCUCUGCAGCUGAGGCUCAAACAAUCCUCUUGCCUCAACCUCCCGAGGAGCUGGGACUAUGCACCACUAUGCCUGGCUAAUUUUUAAAAUUUUUGUAGAGACAGGGUUUUGUCGUGUUGUCCAGACUGGUCUCAUACUCCUAGACUCAAGCAAUCUGCCCACCUCGGCCUCCCAAAGUGCUGGGUUUAUAGGCAUGAGCCACCACACCCAGCCUAUCUCCUAGUUCUUAAAAAUAAAAUGUAAAUCACUUCCAUUCUGCUAGCAUAAGGGUUUGUUGUUAAAAUUGAGGAUUCUAUCUGACGUUCACUUUUUGUUGUUUUUUGAGACAAGGUCUUGCUUUGUCGCCCAGGCUGGAGUGCAGUGGCAUCAUUAUAACUCACUGCUGUCAAACUCCUGGACUCCAAUGUUCCCUCCCCUCUUAGCCUCCCAAGUAGCUGGGUCUACAGCAUGAACCACCAGGCCCAGAUAAUUAAAAAAUAUUUUUUUUGGUGAAAACAUGAUCUUGCUAUGUUGCCCAGGCUGGUUGUCUGACAUUUUCUUUGUUCUUUAUUCUUUAUACCGGCUAAACCCUGGAGUACCCUUGAAGCCUUUACUGGCAUACAGAGUACCUGAAUCUUACUUUGGAGCCUAGCAUGGGCCAUAAAUGUAUCUGAUUCAUUAACUUGUGAGACAGCUGAGAGAACACAGACUCCUUACCUGUGUCUCCAGGCAUAUCUGGUGUUUCUCUGCCUAAUAGAUUUUCCUGCUUUCUAAUUAGUAAUAUUGAGAAAGAAGAAAGGCUUAUUUAUCAUUUGCUUUUUUUCCAUUGUGAAUCAUCAGUUCUUUCCAUGAACAUUCUGGGGAGCACCUCCUGAUUAAACUCCUGUCUCCCUGACCACUAUCCUGCUGUCCUUGGACUUCUUGAAGCACAUGGGCUACUUCCUCAGGACACUGGGAUUUGAGAGGAGGUUAGUGGUACUUGUCAGGUCUUUCAAAGCAUUUAUUAUUGCUUUUAUACAGAGAUUUCAGUAUUGAGACUCAAAAUGAACUGAAAAAUAAAAUUGAACAUUUAAUAUUUUGGAUGUAACUUUUGAAGAAACUAUGCUUUGGUGCUUAAAAUUGUAUAUGAUUUUAGGUAAGAAAGUUUGAUACUAUUGGCAUAAUUUAGAUUUAUUUUCUUUCUUUCUUUUUUUGAGACAGUCUCACUCAGUCGCCCAGGCUGAAGUGCAGUGGCACAAUCUCAGCUCACUGCAACGUCUGCCUCCCAGGUUGAAGUGAGUCUUGUGCUUCUGCUACCAAGUAGCUGGGAUUACAGGCAUGCACCACCACACACCGCUAAUUUUUUGUAUUUUUAGUAGAGACAGAGUUUCGCCAUGUUGGCCAGGCUGCGAACUCCUGAGCUCAAGUAAUCCUCCCACCUCAGCUUCCCAAAGUGCUAGCGUUAGAGGCAUGAGCCACCACGCCUCACCAGAUUUUUAAAAAAUAUAUAACUGUAUCUCUGUUGAUUCUGGGGCUUGGUCAAAAUGGAUAGAUAAGAUAGUAUUCUAAAUUCAAAUUUGUGGCUGUGCAUGGUGGGUCACACCUGUAAUCCCAGCACUUUGGGAGUCCAAGACAGAAUUCUCGCUUGAGCACAGUAUGAGACCAGCCUGGGCAACAUAGAUCUUGCCUCUACAAAAAAAAAAAAAAAAAAAAAGCCAGGUGUAGCACAUGCUUGUAGUCUCAGCUACUUGGGAGGCUGAAAUGAGAGGAUCUCUUGAGCCCAAGAGGUCUAGGCCGGAGUAAGCUGCGAUCAUGCGUUUGCACUCCAGACUGGGUGACAGAGUAGACUGUGUCUAAAAAAAAGUUUGAAUUUAAAAAAAAAAAAAAGUUGGCUGUGCAUGGUGGCUCACACCUGUAAUCCCAGCACUUUGGGAGGCUGAAGUGGGUGGAUCAUCUGAAGUCAGGAGUUUGAGACCUGCCUGACCAACAUGGUGAAACCCUGUCUCUACUAAAAAUACAAAAAUUAGCCGGGCAUGGUGGCGCUUGCCUGUAAUCCCAGCUACUUGGGAGGCUGAGGCAGGAGAAUCGCUUGAACCCAGGAGGCAGAGGUUGCAGUGAGCCGAGAUCGUGCCACUGCACUCCAGCCUGGGCAACAUGAGCGAAACUCCGCCUCAAAAAAAACAAAAACAAAAAACAAAGUCAAAUUAGCAUGGUAGAUCAGGUUACUUAGAUUCAACUUUCUGAGAUGUUAUUUGUUAACAUUAAGGCUAAUUUAUUAUAAUGAAAAUGCAAACUUUGAGGUAUAUUAAUAUAUAAACAUCUUUUUCCCAGAAGUACCUUUGACCUAAAAGGUCUUUAGUAUUCAGCCCACUGGGUAAAGUUCAGUUUAGACACAAUCAAAUUGGCAUCUUUUAAACAUAAGUGAAAUAUGGAGAGUUUGAACUUGAGUUACUUAAAAAAGAUACAGUAUAAUUAAUUAUACAGAACAAAACAAAAAUGUGUUUAGAAUGACUCUGGCUUGACUCUUUUCCAUCAGCCCCUAGUGGCCUAUCUUCAGCCUUUAGGAAGUCUUAACUUCCCAGGUUAAACUAGAAUAUUCUGGAAGUGAGCUGUGCAAUUUUCAUCUUAAAGUGAAUCAUUUGACUCUGAAAUGUGACUCUUGUGACAGAAAAAGUCCUGGUGUUGCCUUGGAGCUGGGGAUAAAGACCAGUGAGCCAGCCUGUGAUGAGAGCUGCCCCUGGCACCAUCUGAGUGGAAAGCUCAUUGGGACAGCCGUGCAGCUAUCCGAGCCUGAAGCCCUGUCCCUUAUCCCUCAGGCACCUGACGCUUAACUUGCCUCCUGGGAAAUAAUGAUUUAACAUUUACUUAGAACAAUUAUUAAUCAUGUUCUUUAACAAUUACUGACAUUUGUAUUUUAAGCUGUAUACCAAUGUUCGUAUUUGACACUGAUUUUCUAACCAUUAGAGAUAUUUAAUUAAAACUUGUAAGUGUAAGAAAAA